CAUGGCGAUCGAUGUUCGAGGCUCCACACGAAACCCACUAUUAGUCCUACUAUUGUCCUCUUAAAUAUGUAUCAAAGACCUGAUUCAACUGUAACAGUUGAGCCAAAUGAUACUCGUGGAUAUUCCAACUUUAUGCACCUUAAAAAGAUCAGCAGGGAAUUGCGACAUAAGUUCUUUGGAAGGUUUAGGAGAAGGCAUAGCAGAAGCAUAAGCCAAAGCCCUUUGAGGCACCGCAGCUAUGAAGACUACUCUCACAAGAGUCAUAGUAGAAAGUUUAGGGAUGACAGUGAAAAGAGGCGUGCAAGAAUAGAGCAAUGGAAUCGGGAAAAAGAACAGGAAGAACUUGAUAACAUGGAUAAUGCAGACAUUAAUUACAAAAAUGAAAGCAAUGAAAAUGAAUUUGCUCCAAACAAAGAUGAGUAUUAUAACUAG